GUUACUUAGGUGAAACCUUAUGGCCAACGUCACCUGGAUGGCCAACCACACUGGAUGGUCAGAUUUCAUCUUGGUGGGACUCUUCAGACAAUCCAAACAUCCUGCUCUACUUUGUGUGGUCAUUUUUGUGAUUUUCCUAAUGGCAUUGUCUGAAAAUGCUUUCCUCAUCCUUCUGAUACACUCUGAUGCCCACCUCCACACCCCCAUGUACUUUUUCAUCAGUCAAUUGUCUCUCAUGGACAUGGUGUACAUUUCUGUCACUGUACCCAAGAUGCUCCUGGACCAGGUCAUGGAUGUGAAUAAGAUCUCAGCCCCUGCGUGUGGGAUGCAGAUGUUCCUCUAUGUGACACUAGCAGGUUCGGAAUUUUUCCUUCUAGCCGCCAUGGCCUAUGACCGCUACAUGGCCAUCUGCCAUCCUCUCCGUUAUCCUGUCCUCAUGAGCUAUAAGGCGUGUUUGUUCCUGGCAUCGGGCUGCUGGUUCCUGGGCUCAGUGGAUGGCUUCAUGUUCACUCCCAUCACCAUGACCUUCCCCUUCUGCGGAUCCCGGGAGAUUUAUCAUUUCUUCUGUGAAGUUCCUGCUGUAUUGAAACUCUCCUGUUCAGACACCUCAAUCUAUGAGAUUUUCAUGUACCUAUGCUGUGUCCUCAUGCUCCUCGUUCCUGUGACAAUCAUUUCAAGCUCCUAUUUAUGCAUCCUCCUCACUAUCCACAGGAUGAACACAGCAGAGGGCAAAAAAAAGGCCUUUGCCACCUGCUCCUCCCAUCUGACUGUGGUCAUCCUCUUCUAUGGGGCUGCCAUCUAUACCUACAUGCUCCCCAGCUCCUACCACACUCCCGAGAAGGACAUGAUGGUAUCUGUCUUUUAUACCAUCCUCACUCCAGUGCUGAAUCCUUUGAUCUAUAGUCUUAGGAAUAAGGAUAUCAUGGGGGCUCUGAAUAAAAUGUUAACUGUGGGACCUGCCUUUCAAAAAACUAUGAAGUAGACCAUUUUGACAGUAAUUUAGUUUUCCUUCUCUCUGCAC